AUGUACAACAGUACAAGGAGGCGCCCGGUCGGUGGGGGCCAAGGCGAGAGGCGAGGCGCCCGGUGGGUGGCGGUGUUGAGGCCUCGGACGGUGGCGGCGUCGAGGCAUCGGUCGGUGGCAGCGUCGAGGAGGCGUCCGGUUGGUGGCGCCCCACGCAUGGCGUCGGCGGCACCCGACACGCAGCGCGGCCCGCUAGUGGCGGCGGCGACGCUCGGCGCUCAGCGCGGCCUGCUAGUGCCAGCAGCGGCGCUCGGCACUCAGCGCGGCCUGCGCGCGGCUGCGGUGGCGCGGCUCGCUAGUGCCGGUGGCAGCGCUCAGCGCGGCCUGCGCAUGCCGGCGGCAGCGGACGGCAUGCGCUUAGCGCGGUCCGUGCGUGGAGGCGGCGGCGUCUGGCGGCACGAGGUCCGCCCGCGCAGGGCUCGCCGUGGUGUCGCGCGCGAGAUCAGGGUGCGAGCAGAUGUGGAUCGGGUACUUGGAUCCGUGUUUGUUUUUUUCCCCUAA